AGAAGGAGGAGGAGGAAGGAGAGGCGGAAGCGGCGGCGGCCGAUGGCCGGGGCGCUGCUGCGCGGGGUGCGGCGCUUCCCCUGGCUCUGCAACGUGCUGCUCUACGGGGGGCUGUUCGCGGCGGGGGACGCGGCGCAGCAGCGGCUGCGGGGACAGCCGCCCGACUGGGCGCAGACGCGGCGAGUGGCGCUGGUGGCCCUGGCCUUCCACGGCAACUUCAGCUACGUGUGGCUGCGGGCGCUGGAGCGGGCGCUGCCCGGCCGCCGCCCGGCCGCCGUGCUGGGCAAGGUGCUCUGCGAUCAGCUCCUGGGCGCGCCCGUCGCCGUCCUCGCCUUCUACACGGGUAUGAGCAUCCUUCAGAGGAAAGAGGACAUCUUUUCAGACUGUAAAAAGAAAUUUUGGAAUACAUAUAAGACAGGACUGAUGUACUGGCCUUUUGUGCAGCUAUCAAACUUCAUUUUGAUCCCAGUUCACCUGAGAACAGCUUACACUGGGCUCUGUGGCUUUGUCUGGGCUUCCUUCAUUUGCUUUUCCCAACAGAGUGGAGAUGGCACAGCAAAGUCAGCAUUUAUGUGGCUCCAAGGAGAGAAGGAGCCCAGUGCUGCUUAGCUGAGAAAGGAAAAGGGAUCAUGCAAGCACUGGCCAGUCUAUUUCAGGUAAAAUCAACUUGUUUAGCAUAACCCAGUGGUCAAAAGUGAUGCAAAGUGCCCAUAUGGCUUUGACCAGAGUCAGCAGUGCAGCAGUGGGAGGAGGUAGAAGGUAGGGGGCUGCUUCCACAGCCUGUUCUGCUGGCAGGUGGAGGAGAUGCCUUCCCUCUCAGGAUGGACAAGUCACUGCAAUUCCAUCUUCAGCUGUGCAGGCAGAUGUGGAAGAGCACACCUGCCCACAGCUUCACCAUGGAAUUAACUUUAAUUGACACCUUUGGCAUGGACAUCUCCAGCUUGGCAAAUUGCUUUAAGUUGUGUGUUGAAAUGUGCACUGUAAGGGCCCAUUCCUCUCCAUCUGUAACAUGGAGGCUCGGAUGACUGACUGCUGUGUCAAUAGCUUCUUUGUAGGUGCUUGUGUUUGGUGAGUUGAAUUCCCCUGCUGGAUGUUGCUGCAUGAAUCACAAAGUGUGAACUGAGCAGUCCUGAUGCUGGACGUCCCAGGAGGAGUAGAAAUGCACAGAGGAACUAACUGCAUUUUUUCUCUGUUUGUUUUCUCUAUUUAGAAAAUGAGUGAACAGAUGAUUCAGACAGCUAUAGCUGUUGAACUGUUCUUGUGUGUAUAAAGUCCUCAGGAUAAAGAAGCAAUUUCAGUAGUGGUUUUUUUCUGUUGAAAUUUUUGGGAUCAGACUGGUAUUCUAAAGUCUUUUCUAUUUAGUAAGAGCUAAAAGUUUCAGGUAAGGUAUGCUAAUUAAAUAUUUAACUUUUUUUUUACAGAUGAUGUUUAUUUUCAUUUCUGCUUGUGCCUUAAGUGUUUAAUGUUUAAUAGAAUUCAUUUGGAGAAGGGAACUGGAAAAUAAUGUCAUUACAAGGAGAGUGAAAUGCUGUUGGUUUGCUGUAAGCAGUAUGUGACGCUUUGCUGUAACUCAGAGCAAAAAACUUUCUUCAUGGGUAUGGUUGGUAAAACUUCAUCCCCAGAUGAAUCAAGAAUUUAUAACUUAUGACCUGCAUAAUGCUGAUGCCUUUCUUCAUCAGGGCUAACUAAUAAAUGAAAGAUCCAUAUUUUAUUUCAAAUGGCUUAAAAGCUUAUAUAAGCUGUGCUUUAUCACUCUUGCUUUUGUGCUACAAGCUUUUUGCUUGAGAAUUUGAGCUAAAUCCUGUUUUGUCUUCAAGUUCCUCUGGCUGGGGAGUUCAGAAUUUCUCUCCAUCUUUUAUUACUUGAAGUACAGUUCUUUCCUGUAAUGGAAGCCUGUGGCUCUUGUAUUUCAGUAGACUUUAGAUCCUGCAUAAUCCUUUCACUUUCUCCAUUUCUCUUGUUAAGGCACUUGACAGCUAAGUAACACAGAUCCCUUUCACAUCAAAAAAAAUCUGUGUUUUUUCCCUUUUAAUUAUGAGCACUGAUUGGUCUGACAAACAUUUCAGACCCACAUAAUGCAAAAUAAUGAAGCUGCAUUGGAACAAUUUCUCAGUGUGCAUAAAUUAAUGGAUCUCCUAAAGAUUUUCUUCCUCUGACAGUUUAGUCUGAGGACUUAAGCCCUUAGUUUCUAGAGCCUUCAUUCUUUCUUGAUACUUUUUUGGCUUGGAAGACUAAUUUCACAGAAUAACAAAAUGGUUGAGGUUGGAAAGGACAUCUGUAUGUCCAUCCCAGGUCAUCUAGUCCAACCCUGUUUGAUACAUAUGUCAACUUUUUUUUUCUUCUUUUAGCAACUCAGUAAUUUCCCUGGGGGAAUAAAAAAAGAAAUAAGAAAAACAUGGGAAAGAUUUAUCCUAAUGUGUCUCUGCAACCCUUUCAAAAACAGUCAUAAGGGCUUUAUGACUAUUUCUAGGAAUUGCACUGAUCUUACUGCCAGCAGAACAUGCAGAUUUCCACAACCAGCAAGAUGAACAGAAUUAUACAUCACAUAGGUGCUCAGGAAGAAGCAACACACUGCCAGGAGCUAUUAGGCCUGCAGUCAGGUGAUAUUUUUAUGUCAUGGAUUCUCUCUAAGAGCAAAUGGGAUGAGCAGACAUUUAUAUGAGUUCCAGCUCCAUGUUAUUCUGGAUGGUUAUGGAGAUGUGGAAUCUGAAUUUGAUAAAAUGAGAAAUUCAAAAUUUAUUUUUCUACUGCAAAUCUUUCAUGUAAAUGAACCUUCUGUGCUUACUAGUAUGCUAAAUACAUCCUUCUUGGAAAAUUCACCAGAAGGCCUCUGUCUUUUUCACACCAGAAGCACCCACCCAGUAACACAGCAUAAAAUAACCAGUUCCUGCUGCAGCGAAGGUGAAACUGCCUCUAAUCUGUUACCAUAUCUGAUAUGUUGAAUUCUCUUUAUAGAACAACCUUUGAAAUCUAUGCAGCUUCAGCCUUCCAAUUCUCUGCUGUAAGUGCCAGUGCUUCCUGCUUGUGCUGCUGCCUCUACUGCUAGUGCCAAUCCAGUGAGAUGUGCAAGAAAUACUUGAAUUUUACUAAAAUAAUGCAUUUCAAGUUGACUGAAAUUGUCAGUGUUUUUGCAAAGGCUUAAUAAACAUUAAAUGCUG